AUGCGGCGCCUGACCCGCCGCCUGCUGCUGCCUCUCUUCGGGGUUCUCUGGAUCACCGUGCUGCUGUUCUUCUGGGUAACCAAGAAGAAGUUGGAGGUGCCGACGGGACCUGAAGUGCAGACCCCCAAGGUUUCAGAUGCUGACUGGGAUGACCUGUGGGACCAGUUUGAUGAGCGGCGGUAUCUGAAUGCCAAGAAGUGGCGCGUCGGGGACGAUCCCUACAAGCUGUAUGCUUUCAACCAGCGGGAGAGCGAGCGGAUCGCCAGCAACCGGGUGGUCCCGGACACUCGCCUUUUCAGAUGCACCCUGCUGGUGUACUGCACGGACCUCCCUCCCACCAGCAUCAUCAUCACCUUCCACAAUGAGGCGCGCUCCACCCUGCUCAGAACCAUCCGCAGCAUAUUAAACCGCACCCCUAUGAAUCUCAUCCAGGAAAUCAUAUUAGUGGAUGACUUCAGCAAUGACCCCGAGGACUGCAAACAGCUCGUCAAGCUGCCCAAGGUGAAGUGCUUACGCAAUGACGAGCGGCAAGGCCUGGUGCGGUCCCGGAUCCGGGGUGCUGACAUAGCCCAGGGCACCACCCUGACUUUCCUGGACAGCCACUGUGAGGUGAACAGGGACUGGCUCCAGCCCCUGCUGCACAGGGUCAAAGAGGACUACACGCGGGUGGUGUGUCCCGUGAUCGAUAUCAUCCACCUGGACACCUUCAACUACAUCGAGUCGGCCACAGAGCUCAGAGGGGGGUUUGACUGGAGCCUCCACUUCCAAUGGGAGCAGCUCACACAAGAGCAGAAAGCUCGGCGCCUGGACCCCACUGAGCCUAUUAGGACUCCAAUCAUAGCUGGAGGGCUCUUCGUAAUGGACAAAUCCUGGUUCGACUACCUGGGGAAAUAUGACAUGGACAUGGACAUCUGGGGUGGGGAGAACUUCGAAAUCUCCUUCAGGGUGUGGAUGUGCGGGGGCAGCCUAGAGAUCAUCCCCUGCAGCCGAGUGGGCCACGUCUUCCGGAAGAAGCACCCGUAUGUUUUUCCAGAUGGAAACGCCAACACGUACAUAAAGAACACCAAGCGGACAGCUGAAGUGUGGAUGGACGAAUACAAGCAGUACUAUUAUGCUUCCCGGCCGUUUGCCCUGGAGAGGCCCUUUGGAAACAUUGAGAGCAGAUUGAACCUGAGGAAGAACCUGCAGUGCCGGAGCUUCAAGUGGUACCUGGAGAACGUCUAUCCAGAACUCAGAGUACCCAAGGACUCCUCCAUCCAGAAGGGCAGCAUCCGACAGAGGCAGAAGUGCCUGGAGUCUCAAAAACAGAAAGACCAAGAGAUCGCCAACCUCAAGUUAAGCCCCUGUGUCAAGAUCGAAGGCAAGGAUGCAAAGUCCCAGAUCUGGGCCUUCACGUACACCCAGCAGAUCCUCCAGGAGGAGCUGUGCCUGUCAGUCAUCACCUUGUUCCCUGGCGCCCCGGUGGUUCUUGUCCUUUGCAAGAAUGGAGAUGACAGACAGCAAUGGACCAAGACUGGUUCCCGCAUCGAGCACGUGGCAUCCCACCUCUGCCUAGACACGGACAUGUUUGGCGAUGGCACUGAGAACGGCAAGGAAAUCGUUGUCAAUCCAUGUGAGUCCUCACUUAUGAGCCAGCACUGGGACCUGGUGAGCUCCUGAAGAGCCCUGUCGGAACCAGCAGGGGCCGUGGGGUGGCGCUUCCCCAGAUGAGAAGCAGACUGGAAAUCAGGCUGCAUGAAGCCCUAAACUACUGCAGAAGCCCUGAAUGGGGAGGAGGAGGCAGAGCCCCCCAGGACAGGAGCAGCUGUCUCAGGGAGAAUGCAGGAAAAGGUUGCAAGCCAAGAGGAACUCAGAGACAGAUCCCCAUGUUCUCAAUGCCGUUAAGUUCUAGUCCUGGCCAGGUCUGCCCCGAAUGGUAUCUGGAGACAGAGAUCUGAUGGGAGGUGUUGAUGUUCUUUUUCUUACAAAAGAGGCCAGCGAGAACAGCCUUCCUUGUCACUAGGCCAGGAGAGAUGAAGAAUGGUGGUUGUUUUCAAAACAAAUAAAGGAAGCUUGGAAGUUU